AUGUAUGCUGUAUCCAGCCAAUCAAAGCCACUGCCACUCAGGCACCUCUUGCUGUUUCAAAGACCAGUACCGGAGGGAAGACCAAGGUUGGAAUCAAUGCGUAUGGGUAGAAUUAAAAGAACAUCAACCUUGCAGGUUUUUGACAAAUUGGAAGGAACCAUCAAGGUUAUUGAUGAGUCCACUUUAGAAAUCAACGGGAAGCAAAUAAAAGUAACCAGCCAAAGAGAUCCAGCCACAAUUCCAUGGGGUGAUUUUGGAGCUGACUAUAUUCAGAGAUCCAGCCACAAGAAGGGUGGUGCUAAGAAGGUGGUGAUCUCAGCUCCAUCAGCUGAUGCGCCCAUGUUUGUUGUAGGGGUAAAUGAGACCACAUACAAACCAAACAUGGAUAUUGUAUCCAAUGCCAGCUGUACUACUAACUGCUUAGCCCAUUUAGCCAAGGUGGUUCAUGAGGAGUUUGGUAUCAUUGAAGGUUUGAUGACAACUCUGUUGUUAUUUUAUUUGUUUUCUGCUACACAAAAAACGGUUAAUGGACCUUCAAUGAAGGAUUGGCGUGGAGGACGUGGCGCUGCACAAAACAUCAUCCCUAGUUUCAUUAGUGUUGCCAAGGCUGUGGGAAAGGUAUUGCCAGAGCUAAAUGGAAAGCUUACUGGAAUGGCUUUUAGGGUUCAUGGUCCAAAUCAUAUGAUGCAUGAGAUGUGGAAUCCUCUUGGAGUAGUUGGUGUUAUUACAGCACUGUGGAAGGCCCCUGGACCACAAUCUUUGGUUUCAGUUACCAACAACACAGAUUUAGUACUCGAAUUAUGCCUCCAGCCUGAUGCUUCUUCUAAAGAGAAUUUGGAUACCUUAGAAGAUUCCAGAACAGAUUCCCCAAAAGAUGCCAUAGAGACAGAUGUACAGAAACAGAUUGUCAUUGGAGAACUGAAACCUAGAGAAAGUCUUCCACUUCCACUUUUUGGACUUGUUCCCUAA